UCCCUGUAGCAUUGCACCCUUAUAGCCCAUUGUUACUGACUGGAGAGGGGAGAGAGAGUGGACAGCGGCAGCCUGCAGCUACACAGUGUAACCUGAGAGACCUAUCACAGCGCCUGGAGGGAGUACAGGGUUAGGGGCACUAGCACUGUGGCAGCGUACAUCGCUCUGUGAAUACCACUCUGCGUAUGCGCCGCCUCUGGAUGAGCACAGUUGUCCCGUAGUGCCCCAGUGUAACAGGACGGGGCUGGCGCGGGAUCAGAGGCUGUAGGUGGACUGCCUGGUGUUUGGAGAGCGGGGUAUCGGAUGCGUGAGGAGGACUCGCCGCACUGGAGGAGCCGUGUUUGGGGAAUAGCACCGGCCGUCUGCAGGAGGCACAGUUACGGGACAGGCACAGGGCUUGUGGAUGGGGAGACCGAGGGGCCCCCGAAUAUCUGAGUCACCAGAUUAUUCACACUUUUUUGGACCCAUUUCUGUCCGUUCAAAAUCUUCUACAAAAAGACAAGUUACCAUGCAGAACUUUCUAAAGGUCCUGCUGUGUUUUCUGGCUCUUGUCACGUUAUCAUCAAGCAAACCAGCGACACCAGUAAACCAGAGCAGUUGGAAAGAGACCCACCCUGUGCUUGUAGAACACCUUUUGCUUGAUCCUGGAAAAACGUUGCGAAUCGCCUGUGAUACCAACUAUAGCAGCAACAUUAACUGGUACAAAGAGAAGGAAAGGUUGCUAUCAGGAGGGAAGAUUCGACUGAAGGGCUAUGCUUUGGAACUGUCAGAUGUAACUCCUGAAGACUCGGGACUUUACUUGUGUGUGGUCCGUGGUACUAGUCAAACCCUGCAACGGUUCUCGAUAUCUGUAGUUGAUUCAGUGGCAUCUGGAGAUGAAGAUGAUGAGGAUGGCCGUAGGGAAGACUUCCAGGGUGAUCUAAAUGAGGAACAAGGUUAUAUCUACCAAGCUCCAUUCUGGACCCAUCUACGUCGCAUGGAGAAGAAGUUAUAUGCACUUCCUGCUGGAAAUACUGUAAAGUUUCGCUGUGCAGCAGGUGGCAGCCCUGUUCCAACUAUCAGAUGGCUAAAAAAUGGAAGAGAAUUUCGAGGGGAACACCGAAUAGGAGGUAUCCAGCUAAGGCACCAACACUGGAGUCUGGUCAUGGAGAGUGUGGUUCCAUCUGACCGUGGCAAUUAUACCUGUGUAGUGGAAAAUAAGUUGGGCAGCAUCAGCUACACAUAUAUAUUAGAUGUUCUUGAGAGAUCUUCUCAUCGACCAAUCCUCCAAGCUGGUCUCCCAGCUAACACCACAGCCCGUGUGGGCAGUGACGUGGAGUUCCUCUGUAAAGUGUACAGUGACGCUCAACCACACAUCCAGUGGCUCAAACACAUAGAACUGAAUGGGAGCCGAUUUGGCCCUGAUGAUGCGCCAUAUGUACAAGUGCUUAAGACUGCAGAUAUUAACACUUCAGAGGUGGAAGUACUGCAUCUGCGGAACAUCUCCAUGGAGGAUGCUGGAGAAUACACUUGUCUAGCAGGGAAUUCCAUUGGGCUCUCUCAUCAGUCUGCUUGGCUCACUGUGCUACCUAAUGAGGAUUUCCUAGAGGAGGCAGAUAAAGCAGAGUCUAAAUAUGUGGAUGUAAUUGUAUAUACUUCUGGUUUUCUGGCUGUGGCAAUGGCAAUCGUUAUUGUAAUAUUGUGUUGUAUGCAAACAUCACACAGCAAACAGACACUGCAGCCAGCAUCUGUGCACAAACUGUCAAAGUUCCCACUUAUACGGCAGUUUUCGCUGGAAUCCAGCUCUUCUGGAAAGUCCAGUGCGCCUUUGAUUCGCAUCACUCGCCUGUCUUCCAGUUGUGCACCCAUGCUUCCUGGUGUCAUGGAGGUGGAAUUGCCCUUGGAUGCCAAAUGGGAGUUCUCCAGAGACAGACUUGUUCUGGGGAAACCUCUGGGAGAAGGUUGCUUUGGACAAGUAGUGAGAGCUGAUGCAUACGGGAUUGACAAGGAUCGGCCUGAUAAACCUGUGACCGUGGCAGUGAAGAUGCUUAAAGAUAACGGGAAUGACAAAGACCUGUCUGAUCUCAUCUCUGAAAUGGAGCUGAUGAAAGUAAUCGGCAAACACAAGAACAUAAUCAAUCUGCUGGGUGUCUGCACACAAGAAGGUCCACUUUUUGUUAUUGUGGAAUAUGCCUCGAAGGGAAACCUGCGCGAGUUCCUACGUGCCCGACGGCCUCCUACACCAGAAGAUGAUUUUGAUGUUUCCAAGGUGCCUGAAGAGAUGCUUUCGUUUAAGGAUCUGGUGUCCUGUGCUUAUCAGGUUGCCCGUGGCAUGGAAUAUCUAGAAUCCAAAAGGUGCAUACACCGGGACCUGGCUGCCAGGAAUGUUCUAGUAGCUGAAGACAAUGUCAUGAAAAUCGCAGACUUUGGCCUGGCUCGUGGUGUGCAUGACAUUGACUACUACAAAAAGACUAGCAAUGGUCGGCUACCUGUGAAGUGGAUGGCGCCAGAAGCUUUAUUUGACAGGGUAUAUACACACCAAAGUGACAUUUGGUCAUUUGGAAUUUUGACCUGGGAGAUAUUCACGCUUGGUGGAUCUCCAUAUCCUGGAAUUCCAGUGGAAGAGUUAUUUAAACUGUUACGAGAAGGUCAUCGCAUGGACAAGCCAUCAAAUUGUACUCAUGAGCUGUACAUGUUGAUGAGAGAGUGUUGGCAUGCAGUUCCCUCCCAGAGACCAACUUUUAAACAACUAGUGGAACAGCUGGACAAAAUUCUCACUGCUGUGUCAGAGGAGUACUUGGACCUAUCCAUGCCUUUUGAACAGUAUUCUCCCUCCUGUGAAGACAGCGCUAGCACAUGUUCCUCCUCUGAUGACUCUGUGUUUACCAAUGACCCUGUACCUACACUAUCCUGUGUCUUCAACUACCACAAUGUUCAUACUCACAUGGGGACCUGAGCAAAGACAUGGAAUGAGGGAAUAUGGACAUCGUAAAGUGCUGCAUAUACCCUCUUAUGGCAGGGAACUAACUUAUUCAAGAUAUGAGCCAUGUCUAGUCUUCUAGAUACUGGUGAAACACUGCUGCUUUUCUGUUAUGCUUGGGAAAACAAACUAAGUUGGUGCUGGCCUCAAGCCACAAGGUAUACAGAAUAAAAAGCACUGUGAGCUCCUGACUGGCUCGGCCAGACUGUGUCAGGGAUGUGUUGUAAAAUCCCAUGUUGUGGAUGUGAAGGACUACAGCUAGCAGGUCUGUUCCAAGAGACAUAGACGCAUACAGGGAACCGCUGGGAUGCUGGGAACAUGGCUUACCUGCUCGCUGACAUUCUGUGCAUUUGUAAUGCCAAGCUGCAAUCUGGUCUUACAAGUGACCCCAAAGUGCCUGGAUUUUGUGUUCUGAAGUCUGUAAAUAUUUUACAAAUAGAAGUAUUUAUGUCCUGUUUUGUUCUGAUGCAUAUGAUAGGUCAUUUUAACAUUUCUAUGAGUGAGAAGCUGAAGAUUUUUAUUUUUUUGCUCUCUACUGUUUCUCUCUUAGCAGCCAUAUAAUUUAUCUUGGAUAUUUUGUUUUAUAUGAAGGUACUUUUGUACUAUGAAAAAGAAAAAAACGUACAAACAAUUCAUAAAAGCUUUUUAUACGCUAUAGAUAUAUUUAAAACAGAAUAUGCUCUUUUGCAAGUUACCAAAAGUUUCAUGUCGAUUUAUUUUAUAUAUUGUUAAAAAAAGUGACUUUUAAUAUAAAGACCUAAAUUAUAUCAA